CGACACGAACACAUUUCUCUAAUCUCCAACAUUCGCUAUAUAAAUUGACUGCGAAACCUUUGUUACUUCAUAGUAGCCGGCAGUAGAAACACUUUUAGGAGCAGGUCGAUUGCAAUAAUUCUGUACCAAUAUGAAGACAGCGUUAUUAAUUUUCUGCGUUGUUGGCAUACUAUGGACCAGCGUUUUGGCAGCACGGGAAAAUCCCAUGAGAGCCCGACUGGCGCAGAUUUUCAGAUCAGUUGGUAAAAAUGGCGGUGAUGAGGAAAUAAACUUGUUUCUUCGUAUAUUCGAAGGUGAAAUCGACAAUAAAGGUGGAAAUAGCCAUUUACACAUUGCUGCCUUAUUAAGUGAGAAAGUGGUGGAUUAUUUGAUCAAAAAUGGAUCGGAUGUAAAUGCUUUGAACUUUGCAAAAGAAUCUCCCCUACAUUUUGCUGCUGAAGGAGGUAAUGACAAAAUCGUUGAAAUGCUUAUUAAUAAUGCAGCUGAUGUCAGUAUUUCAAAUAACAAAGGAAAGACUGCAUUACACGUGGCUGCUGGUAAUGGUUUUGACAAGAUUGCAGACAUUUUGAUUAAGGCUGGAGCGAAUGUAAAUGCCUUGGACAGUGAUAAAUGGACGCCUCUAUUUUACGUAGCUAGAAAUGAUUCGGUGCCUGUCGCAAAUUUGUUGAUUCAAAAUGGAGCUCAAGUCAAUGCCCAAGACAAAGAAGGAGAUUCAAUUUUAGCUGUUGCUAUCAUUACAGCAGAAAUUACGAAGCCCCGUACGACGUUCCUUUCAAAUGAAACAAGCUGAUAAAAAUGGUUGCCGCCAUUAAAGCAACAAAAUCAAUGGCCGGAAUCUGUGAAGUGAGCAUCUGUAUUAUGAAAAUUGAUGUGUGACGAGAAAUUUGUGCAAUUUAUGAUAAAAUUCGGUUGAAAACAGGCAUAUUAAAAGAUGAAAAAACAAUAAACCGAAUUACUUUUUCAAAAAUCAGUAACCAUUAUUGCAUCCAAAAACGUGUAAAUUAAGUGUGUAAAUAAACCAUAAGCCUCCUUGUGUUGUACUCUAAGAGAUAUCACUGCAACUUUCAGACCGUUUUUUUCGGUUUUGUGCUAUGAAAAAGGGGUGAUUCCUCUUAAAGUGCUCACAGCGCUUCAGCAGAGCAGAGAAUAAAGUGAGAUAGAUGAAGAUGAAGAGUUCUAUAUUAAAGGGUUUUGAUACGGAUACGUGUUUCGUACGGGUCGGCAUUAGCUUAUUUUUUAUGUGUUUUUAGGGGGAGUGUCCAGUUGUAUUCCUUUGAACACUGAAAAGGUCUGGGAGGUGCGGGAAAUCCGAAGAAAGGAUAAAAUGAAAAUCUUUAAUGAAAACACGUUUAUUUAUUAAAAGUUAAUGGAUGUAUCGGCGUCGACUAUGACGAUUUCGUUAUAUUCUGCAGACAUUUCCAGCAAAAUAAUGUUUGUACCAUCAACCGAAAUCGCCUCUUUUUUCCAAGAGCUUGGAAGACGUUGCACUUUUCGUGGUAGUGGAAUUUCAAUUUCACCUUUUGGUUCCGAGUUGACAGUCACACCAUUUUUCAAAGCAUUCGCCACAAAAGAGUGAACUUUUGUGUGGUUCAUUGAUAUUACAGCAUUUCCUUGUUUGGCCGUUUUGAAUAAUUCAACGGCUUUGUAAAUGGCAGUAGGCCAAGUAUAGUGCACAACGAUGAACAUGCCAUCCUCCGAAAUUUCGAAUUUUAUAUUCCGAGCGCCACACAAGGAUAACACUGCUA